UGUUAUAACAGUUUGUAAAGGUAAACAAAACUUUGAUCUGGUGUUUAGAGGAUUGGGCAAACUUACUAAAAUCACAAAAGUAAAAAUAAAGAACUAAUUUCUAAUUCUUCUGAAAUACCUACUCAAGUUUGAAACUUCAUAAAGGAUAAAUUUCACCAGUUUAAGGGUUGAGAAAACGUAUUUAAUCAUGUCAGAUGAUGAUGAUUACAUGUCCGACAAGUUCCUUUCUGGAGAUGUUCGCCCAAGCCUUGUACAACAGUCGAAUAAAAAGCGGCAGAUAGCCAUUGAGGAAAGUAAAAGGGAACAAAUUAAACGACAAAAGCAGGAAAGCAAGGCGCGUAGAGGAAUUGUGGAUAAUAAAUCUCUGGAAGAGUCGCUAAAACGACCAAUUGAACAGCAAAAUAAAGGCUUUCAAAUGCUUGCUAAGAUGGGUUAUAAGCCGGGGCAGGCACUGGGUAAAGAAGCCACGGGAAAUGAAAAAGAAAAACGCUUGACUGAACCGAUUGGGAUUAGUAUAAAGGCAGACCGUGGAGGUUUAGGGCGUGAAACAGCUCUACGAGAUUUAGCUGAGCGGCGACGGCAGAUUCGAGAACAACAGUUCCGGUCCCAACUUACUGGCGGUGAAGAAGUGUCGGUGGAGGAAUUCCGAAAACGCGCUCAACAGAAAGCGGACGAGCGUUUUGCAAUUGGUGCCCUAAAGCGCUGUCAGCUAACAUGUGAAACAAUAGACGUGCAGAAUGGCAUCAAAGAACCGGAGUUAAGUUGGUUUGGGCCGGAGCGCGAAUCAAAUUUAAGUGAAGAAGCUAAUGAAGCCCCAGAAGAUAUUGCAAUAGCCGACGAUAUUAGCGACGAAGAAGAAUUCACGCCGACAGAGAAACUUGAAAUGUUGACUAGUUAUCUGCGCACUUCCUAUAAGUUUUGCUUUUGGUGUGGAGUCCAUUACAAAGAUCAAGAGGAUAUGAGUACCAAUUGCCCAGGAGAAGGACGCGAUGAUCAUUAACGAGCAACUUUUUGAAACAAAGUCAAUAAGCUUAUUUAGCUUAGGUAUUAAUAAACUUUACUCACAAUAAAAUAUAGAAACUUACUAUAGUGUACACUUGACAUAUCGAACACCUUCAAAAGGGGCACAAUU